AUGGCACCUGAAGAACAGCUAAAAAAUAUAGAUCAAAAUGACGAAUAUACAAAUAGUAAUGAACAGACAAAUGAUAAAGAACAGAUAAAUAAUGAUGAGCAGACAAAUAACAGAGGUAAUAUAUCUAAACGUAAUGGUAAUAUUUAUUUACAACCUCAUUGUAAAUCCGAUGAUCGCAACCUUCUAAACAAGUUUCGAGAUGCAGUUUCUGCACUUAAAUUUAAUUCCUGUUCUGUUUGUAAAGAAAGUUUCCCUACUAUUGUAUUAGUACAAACGACAGGAUUAUGUAAUCGAUGCAAUAAAGAUAAAUGGAUACCAAGAAGAUUUUCAGCUGAAAAUGAUAUGGAUCCUGGAGAAAUUCCUAUUGAACUUCCUCAACUUAGCCAAAUCGAGGAAAUGCUCAUUGCACAAAUACUUCUUAUAUUAACCAAUCCUAAUGAUACUUUAAACGCUUCUGAUGACUAUAUUAAACAUACUUUUAUACCUAAUCCUGCUACUAAAGAAACUGAAGAAGUCACAACUUAUAUUGAAAUUAAUCAACUUGCAAACACAGACACCAAUACAUUAAUUGACUGGCCUACUAUUAAAGAUAGUCCGAUUAAUAAAUUUGAAGAAGUCAGUUAUAUAACUAAAGCAUUUUCUACUUUAUUUCCUAAAGGAAAAGCAGACUUGCAUAUGCUUGAAAAUGGCAAAAUAUAUGUACGUCAAAAUUUGGAAGAUGCGUAUUUGACAGUGGAAGAUAUUCAAGAAUUACUUAAUACUAAUAAUUCAUUAGUAAAUCAAAUUGUUUGCUUGGCUGAUUUACAUUGGCCUGAUCUACAUAAUCUUAUGCCAAAUACUAGCGUUAGUUCUACGCAAGCUACUCAGUAUCAUAAUUUAAAUGAGAAUCCUCAUAUAGCAACAUGGUUUUUUACAUGUCGAUUUGAAUUAUUCUUAGAGCACGUUCUAAUACCUAAAUGGAAUCUUAGUGACUAUUGGUACCG